UGGAAUUUGUUUUUUAUUUUAAAAAAAAGUUCUUUGUUAAAUCACGUUUUUUCUCUUCUUCUUCUUCUUCUUCCUUUCUUUUUCACAUCUAGCAAUGAGUAGAAAAAAUUGCCCCACAACAUUCGAAGAAGAUGCUGAUAGCUCCGAGGUUUUAGAAGACGAUAACCGUAGUAUUAUUAUGGGUCUCAUUGCACAAUUGAGAAAAGGUACUGAUCUCUCUCGUAUUACCUUACCUACCUUUGUUCUGGAACCAAGAAGUUUACUUGAAAAAUUCACUGAUUUUAUGAGCCAUCCCGAAUUGGUUGUCAAAGCCUCUAAGACGAUCGAUCCUGUGCAACGAUUCGUGGAAGUUUGUCGAUUCUUUCUUUCAGGUUGGCACAUUAAGCCAAAGGGUGUAAAGAAACCUUACAAUCCCAUUCUUGGUGAGUUUUUUCGCUGUGAAUACCGACUUAAGGAUGGCACAAAAGCCAUGUAUAUAUCUGAGCAGGUUUCCCACCACCCUCCUGUUACAGCAUACUUUUAUGCGUUACCAGAAUUAGGUAUAUUUGUUACUGGUGAAGCCCAUCCUAAGGCAAAGUUUUUGGGAAAUAGUGCCGCAACAGUGAUGAAGGGAUAUACACGAAUUACUUUUAGUGAAUUAGGGAACGAGACUUACGAAAUUACAAACCCCAACGUUUAUGCCCGUGGCAUUUUAUUUGGAAAAAUGACUAUGGAAAUGGGAGAUCAGUCUACUAUCAGAUGUGAUUCGCUUGAUCUUAUUUGCGAGCUGGAAUUUAAAACAAAGGGAUACUUCUCGGGAGAAUACCACUCUGUAUCCGGCAAAAUUAAGAGGCAAUCUACAGGAGAGGUUCUUUAUGAAAUUUCUGGUGUAUGGACACAAGAGUUAUUUAUCAAGGGAAAGUCUUCAUCCAAGGAAUCUUUUUUUAAUGUCGCAAAAAACCCUGUAAUUCCAAAGCUUGUUGAAUCUUUAGAUAACCAAGAAUGGAAUGAAUCUAGAAAACUUUGGUCAAAAGUAACCGCGGGAUUAGCUUCCAACGAUAUGGACUAUGCUACCGAUGAGAAAAGUUUCAUUGAAAAUAGGCAACGUGAAGAAACAGCCAUCCGUCAAAAAGAGGGUGUCGAGUGGAAACCUCGCUUUUUCGUAAUCAACAAAAAGGACGAAUACGAAUUUAAGGGUGCUUCUGGUAUUGAUUACAAGAACCUCUCUAAAACAAAAGCACAUCUCGAAAAGCAUAUGUUUUCUCAUGCUACUUCUUUUCCAAAAGAAGCCCAUACUCAUGAACAAGAUCCUAAUGAAACAAGAAACUCUAAUAAACAGUAGGCCAACUCGACACAAAACAAUAUACAUUCACAUAACAUUUGUUUCUGGAACGCACAAUUUCUUUUGAUGAACUUUUUCAUACCCCACGCCGUCUUUCCCUUUCAUUUUUUUUAACUAUUCGCAGAUCCAAUUAUUAAUGGGUGUGUAUUCCUACGACCUAAAUAAAUGAAAUUCAGUUUACGAAUAGCAUUGAAACAUCAGAUAUACUAUAGAUCUAUUAUAAAAGAACAUAUUGGUAAAUGAUUAUUAUAAAACAAUAUACGUCGGACACGAGGUACCUAUAAAAAAAGAAGAGGUCUUCAUUUUGCCGAAAAGUAAUAAGCGAUAAUCUGAAUCACGAGAGUUCUUUGUAACAUGACCAACAUUGAUAUCAUACCUAUGUACCACAGUAAAAUAAAUA